GACGAGGAGAGAAAAAUUCAGAGGGAGCUUAUUAACGAGAGAAGGGAGGAGAAGACGUGUAGAAAGGAGUUGGAGGAGCAAAAGCGUUUUGAUGAGCGUUUGAGGGCUGAGAUGGCGAAAUACGCUGAGGCCACGAAGGCAGAGGUUAUGGCCGCGGUUGGCAGACAAUACCUUGACCAGAAGGACGAGGUUCGCCGGGAAGAAUCGAGGCGGGGAAGGUCACCUCCGCCUCGACGAAGAAGGGACUAUGCCGACAGGGGCGAAGGGGACAUGGAAGUGGACGAUCUAGAUGAGGAGAUUCGGCGCCUGAUGGCGCUUCGUGAAAAAAGGCGAAGGGGUAAGGAGCCCUUGUGCCCUGGGCCAGUGCUUCGGGAACCCUCGUUUUCAUCUCCAGCUGGUGGUUUGGAUGAUAUUCCAAUGCGGGCCGAAUCAUCUCGUCAGGCGGAAGCCCGUGGCAAGACAAAGAUCCCGACGGGAUGUGGUCCUGAAGGGCUUAUGGAGUUCGUGCUCGAGCAGAAGAUGCUUCUUUCGGCUAUGAGGCAGGAUGAAUUGAAACACAUCUGUUCUAAGGAAGGGGUGCGCUACUGCACGAAGGGGUAGUCUGUGGAUCGGAUCGUCGCCGCUAGGACUAAGUUUUUAUGAGGGAUUCAUAUUCUCACCGGCUACGUCAGCGCCGGGUUCCCCUGAAG